GCCGCGUACGUUCAGUCUGACUCACUGUAGCGAACUAUUAAGUUUGCCUUAGUAAACCGCGUCCUGUCUCUCGGCGGUUCUCGGCUGUGGUGAGUGAACAUUUCCCGGUGGUGUUAUGGUCGUGGUGCGCUAACAAGUGACUUCACAAGAGGGACUGUUCUAGAUCGACCCAGUGUUCAUACGGAGGAGGACGCACGGAGAUCAGGCAACCGCUAUGUAAAAGCGCACCUUUGAAAAGUGGACCAUUCAGUUCAGGUCCUCGUCCAUGGGACAGCGUGUGCUUUCUGUCACUUAGACUGCACUGUACGCUAUCUGCGAGGCUUGCUUUUGCGUCCUAAAACUCGGUCCAGGCGCUGCCCAGAGCCAUCAUGAGGACCACAGAGGAGGGAGACGCGUUUGACGGCGAGGCCUCCAACACUUCCAUGAUUUCUGGGGCCAGCAGUCCAUACCAGCCCACCACGGAGCCCGUACACUCACGCAACAUGUUCUGGGGACUUAGGUUUGACAUGGACUACCUCAAGUCCUACUUCGGGAUCCUGAAGGUGGUCGAAGUGGUUCUGUCACUGAUUGGCUUCAUCUGUAUAGAGACCAUAAUGAGGUGCUCCCCCUGUGGAGGCAUAUACUUCUUUGAGUUCGUCAGCUGCACAGCCUUUGUGGUGACGGGGGUCCUUCUCUUUAUCUUCUGCCUCAAUUUACACACCAAGGUGCCCCAAAUCAACUGGAGCCUCACAGACCUGGUCAACACAGCUGCCACUACCCUCUUUUUCUUCCUCUGUUCUCUGGUACUGGCCAUUGUCAAUGACAGCACAGGAGCAGAGAUAGCAGCCACGUUCUUUGGCUUCCUGGUUACGGUUGUCUACGCCGUCAACACCUUCCUGGCUGUACGCAGGUGGCGCCGUGGCAACAGCAGUCAGGGUGGAGCACAGAACAGCGAGUACAUGAGAGCUCGCACUGCAUCCAGAGGAGAGAUGGAGACUAGGCCUGAACUUGCAUAAAGAUAUGGCUUAAUAAUAAUCGGAGUCACCAAAAACUUCCGGCAGCUGGCUAAGAGAUACUUUGCCUGACAUGUGAAGACUUCAUCUGUGAUCACGCUCCAGGGAUGGGCAGACUGGUAAAUGUGUCACGGAUGAAGAUACUGGCUGAUGAAUGAAUGACCUAGCCUGUAAAACCAGUAGUGUUGUUUCUGUUGAGCCAAAGAAAGGCUGCCCCCUGGUGGAUUGACCUUACUGUGAAUGACAUCAUAGUAGAAGUACAUGAAUUGAUUUUUGCCUUUGAUAAGCUCCACUCUUUAAUACUGGACCAAACUGAGGACACUACACACACAAGAUUCUGACCGAGUUGCUGUGCCAGCGAAUGAUACAAGCCUCUGUAUUUUAACCCAGUCCGAGGUUCACUGUGGACAGUACACUUUUUUAUGUUUUUUGAAGAUUUGAUUUUACUGCAAUUUUUCUUUCACUUUCUUUUGCCAUGUGACUUUGAGCAGCUUUUGAGAUCCUCUGAUUUAUAAAACAAGAUUAAUCUUGAAGACUAUCCAAAAUUACAGGUAAUUAAAAUUAUGUGUGUUGCUUCUUAGGGACCAAACUUACUGAUGAGCUAAUUUAUGAAAUUUCUUACACACAAAAAGACAAGCAAUCAUUGC